AUGGAGGCAGCCACAACACCGAACGAGGAGGACGAAGUGCUUUUGCACGCAGAGCUAGCAGCCGUGGACACUCUGGUUGCCGCGAUUAGCGGGAAGAAGCUCCGCAAGCGCUACAGCGUUAGGAUGAAGCGAGAGGUACUGCAAGCCACAGAUGACAUGAGUGAGCGCGAGGCUGCUCGCCCGCAAGGUAUCCCGCGGUGGACUAUAUGCGACUGGCGAAAGAAGAAAGAGGAGAUCUUCGCCUACGAAGGGAGCGAGAAGACGCUCUCGAGAGCGCCGGGCCGGCCCGAGAGCGUGCUGUUUGGGAUGGAGCUGAUCACUUACGUGGAGGACACCAGGUGUGACUGUCUCCCGCUUACGGCACGCGCUAUGACUGCUAUUGUGCGCGAUUGCUACUUCGUGUGGCUGCUACUGUACGUCAAAGACGAGAAAGAUGCGAGCACUGCAUACGAGUCUCUGUUUCGGCUGCUUCCGCGGUUCGUUUACCGCCACGGGAUUGUGCAGCAAACAGCGGAUAUAAAGAUGUUAUUCAACUGUCACAAUUGCUCUACAACUGUAUUUUACGCCACUAAAACCGACUAUGUGCUCUUUAUGUAUAUUAGAAAAAAAUCGCUGCCAUCCAACUAG